AUGUCUACCGCUUACACAGGCCCCUCGGGGGCAGAAAUGAUGGCCAACCACACGCUCGCUCAUGAGAUCAUCGCCCGCAAUAAUGACCCGGAGCCCGUCCUCGAUGUCGAGGAGCUCAAUCUCCUCGAACAUUACGUCAAAGACCCAAGUCGGGCAAAGGAGAUUCUCGACUCCAAAGGGUACGCCGAUGAAGCGCAGAGGUCUGGCAGCCUGGUGACGCAUGUCAUCUCCCUCCACGGCACCAACACUCCUGGUCUGCAAGAUGGGGAAAUCAGGGACCUCAGGGAAUGGUUCGAAAACGGCCGUGCAGGCAAGGCUUGA